AUAAAUACAAGGCGUGCAUGCAUAUCUUCCUCACAUUUCUCUCUUCCACAAUCUCCACUGCUCCAUGACAAUGGAAAGAUCAAUUACAGCUUUCUCGUUUGCACUGGUUGCUUCUUUAGCUUCAGGAAUAGUCCUUGUGGUUCAAGCCCAACAAAAUCCAGGUUUUAUCAGCAUCGAUUGUGGAGCAACUACUGAAUACACCGACCGUGACUACGAUUUAACAUACACAACGGAUGAAGGGUUCAUAGACUCUGGAAAGAAUGGACUUGUAUCCACAGAGUUCAGAGAUAUACCUUAUCCACUGUAUGUGAAGAAUUUAAGGAGUUUUCCUAAUGGAACGAGGAACUGUUACACUUUAAGACCAAACCAAGGCAAGAACAACACCUACUUGAUUAGGGCAACGUUUUGGUAUGGAAACUAUGAUGAAAAGAGUCAGGCUCCUUCAUUCGACCUAUACAUUGAUGUUAAUUAUUGGACCACAGUGGACUACUCAAAUAUUAGUUAUGAAGAAAUCAUGUACGUGUCCCCGGUAGAUUAUAUACAAGUGUGUCUUGUGAAUACUGGCCAUGGGUGGCCCUUCAUUUCGGCAUUGGAACUAAGACCUCUUGAUGAUGAUGGCAUCUAUCGAUUACGAUCUGGAUUCUUGGAACUUGAUGUACGAUACGACAUUGGGGAAAGCUUGGACUCUGUCAUCAGCUACCCUGACGAUGUUUACGAUCGAAUCUGGACAACUAAAAACAAUGAUCAAUGGUUCGUUCUGAACACCACAUCUGCCAUUGACAAUGGUGCGUAUAAGUACAAGGUUCCCUGGCAAGUUCUCCAGACUGCUCAAAGAUCAAUGGAUGCUAGUUCUCCCUUGAAUUUUCAGCGGGAACCUUCCAUUAGCGCACAGAAAUGGAUUGUGUACUUUCAUUUCACGGAGAUUGAGAUACUGUCGAGUGGCCUGCAGAGAGAGUUCACAAUUUCUGUUAAUGACCAUCAAUUCAAAGAGACGGUGAGCCUUGAAUACUUAAAGCCAGUGGCUGUAGUUUCCACUCCAGUCAACGGAUCGCUCAUCACCUUCUCAAUUGAAUCGACAAAUGAAUCUGGAAAUCCACCGAUCCUCAAUGCCGUGGAGUUCUAUGCCGUUCAUGAUCUUCCAACUGUACCCACAGCACAAGAUGAUGUGAAAGCUAUCAAUGAUACCAAAGCUACAUAUCACAUUAAGAGAGAAAGCUGGCAAGGUGAUCCGUGCGUACCGAUCAACCACAGAUGGGAUGGUCUAAAUUGUAGCUAUGGAAAUCCUCCAAAGAUCAUAUCGCUGACAUUGAGCUCUAGCAAUUUGACGGGCGACAUAGUCUCAUCACUUUCACAUCUAUCAAGAUUGGAAUACUUAGAUUUGUCCAACAAUCAACUUACAGGAGCCAUACCAAAAACUCUGGCAGAGUUACAAAAUCUUAGAUUUCUAAAUUUAAGUGGAAACAACUUGAUUGGAUCAGUUCCUGACGCUCUUAAGAAAAGGGUUGUGGACUAUACUUUAAGCAUGAGUUUGACAGGAAACCCCAAUCUUUGCCUCGCUGAUCCUUGCCCGCAGAAGAAGAAACAAAAUACCAUCCUCUUUCCAGUUGUUGCAUCAGUUUCAGGCUUCUUUGUAGUUCUCUUUGGUGCUUUGGCUACGAUUUGGUUAAUUAAACGGAAACGGACAGCAGAAUCUAGUGAAAGGACGCUGAGAUUAAAGAAUCGACCUUUCAAGUAUGGAGAGAUUUCAAGAAUCACUGGGAACUUUGGACAAGUGAUUGGUGAAGGUGGAUUUGGAAAGGUUUAUCUUGGAACACUAGUUAAUGGCACCAUGGUUGCUGUGAAGAUUCUCUCUGAAUCAUCGAAGCAAGGGUACAAGGAAUUUCAAGCCGAGGCGCAACUCUUAAUGAUUGUUCACCACGGAAACUUGGUUUCUCUGUUUGGAUAUUGCUGUGAUUCCAAGCACAUGGCUUUAAUAUAUGAAUACAUGGCUAAUGGAAAUUUAAGGCAACAUUUAUCAGAUAAAGUUAAGAUGCAUCCGACAGAGGACCAUCCAAAGGUCUUGACGUGGAGUAAGAGACUACAAAUAGCUUUGGAUGCAGCACAAGGUUUGGAUUAUUUGCAUAAUGGUUGCAAGCCAUCCAUCAUCCACAGAGACUUGAAAACUACAAACAUCUUGUUGAAUGAAGACUUCCGAGCCAAAAUAGCUGAUUUUGGCUUGUCAAGAGCUUUUGCAACUGAAAACGAAUCUUAUGUGUCAACUUGUCCUGCUGGCACUCCCGGCUACCUCGACCCCGAGUUUCAAUCUUCUGGAAACUUAAACAAGAAGAGUGAUGUUUAUAGUUUCGGAAUCAUACUCCUUGAGUUGAUUACAGGCCGACCUCCAAUAAUGAGAAGCCGGGAUGGCAGCACCAGGAUUCACAUACUUCAAUGGUUGAUUCCUAUUGUUGAAAGUGGUGAUAUACAGAGGAUUAUGGAUCCAGGGUUACAAGGAAAAUUCGACAUCAAUUCAGCUUGGAAAGUAGUGGAGAUUGCUAUAUCUUGUACACGAUCAACGGCGAUUCAAAGGCCAGACAUAAAUGAUGUACUUGCAGAGUUGAAGGCCUCUUCGGUGAGCAAAUCAAGUGGUUCCUUUGAAAUGACCUCCUCGGAGCUCCAAUUUUACAGUGCCCCUACGGCAAGGUAGCAGAACUUUUCCAAUCCAGAAAGGCCGUCUUCUUUUUAGGCAAAAGAUUAACUUUUGUCCGCAAAUUUGUACUAUUUUUUUUUGUUGCGUCAUCCAUUUCCCUGUUCUUAUUGUGAUUGAAUGUUCGAAAUGCUCUAGCACUGCUUCCUAAGAGCAGCGUGUCUACCAACUUGCUUUGUAACAAUGAUAUCCUUGCGUCCUUUGUCGCUUCUUUCUCCAUUCAUAAUGUCAGUUCAUCGCAUUCCUAA